ACACAAAAUUGUUUAUAUAUUUAUGCUAUGAGACUAAAAUCAAGUCCACCUUCUCGCCUUUAUUGGAGCCAUAACAAUGGCGGACAACAAAACAAAAACAAGCGUGUUUGACUUCUUUCUCCUCUCCGUGUCUUUGGUUGGUCUCUGUUUUGCUCCGGUUCCAGCAUCAGCACAAGGUCGGAAACUCAGUUUCGGCCUGAACGGCCAAUUCAAGAUACUGCAAGUGGCGGAUAUGCACUACGCAAACGGCAAGAGUACUUGGUGUAGCGAUGUUUCUCUUAUCCAGUACUGGUUUAGCUGCUCCGACCUCAACACCAUCGCCUUCAUGUCGCGAGUCAUUGCCGCCGAGAAACCUGACCUCAUCGUCUUCACCGGUGAUAAUAUAUUUGGGUCUGAUGUUAAAGACGCUGUGAAAUCCAUGGAUGCUGCUUUUGCUCCAGCGAUUGCUUCUAAGAUCCCUUGGGUUGCUGUUUUGGGAAACCAUGAUCAAGAAUCUACGUUGUCCCGACAAGAACUCAUGAUUUAUAUAGUGAUGCUUCCCAACACUCUGUCUCAAGUGAAUCCUCCUGAGGCUUUUCACAUUGAUGGGUUUGGCAAUUAUAAUCUCGAAAUACAUGGAGUUGCUGAGUCGAGUUUACAGGAAAAAUCUCUUCUCAAUCUCUAUUUUCUAGAUAGUGGAGAUCACUCUAGUGUCCCUUCCAUAAAAGGUUAUGAUUGGAUCAAAACUUCUCAGCAGCUCUGGUAUAACCAGACUUCGAAACGUCUCCAGAGGGAAUACAAUGAAGAGCCUAAUCCUCAACAAGGUACAGCUCCAGGACUAGCUUACUUCCACAUUCCACUACCGGAGUUUAAAAACUUUGACACAAAGAACGCCACAACAGGAGUGAGACAAGAAGCUACAGGCUCAGCUACCAAAAACUCAGGGUUCUUCACGACGUUGGUAGCUAGAGGAGAUGUAAAAUCAGUGUUUGUGGGUCAUGACCAUAUCAACGACUUUUGCGGUGAACUCAAAGGUGUGAAUCUAUGCUAUGGGGGUGGGAUUGGAUACCAUGCGUAUGGUAAAGCUGGGUGGGAGAGGAGGGCGAGAGUUGUGGUUGCUGAUUUGAACAAGAAUGGUACAGGGAGCUGGGGAGAUGUGAAAUCGAUCAGGACAUGGAAGAGGCUUGAUGAUGAGCAUCUCUCUGUAAUUGAUGCACAGGUGCUUUGGACCAAUUCACCAAGCCGAUCGAGUGUUUCUCGUUUAUGAAUAUAUGUGGUUUUGUUUCAUUUGGUUAUAGAAACGGAAACCAAAUAGAAACGGAAACCAAAUAAUCCGCACUUAUAAUAAAGCUGUGUUUCAGAUUAA